AUGGCUGGGGAGGUAGAGGGCCAGCCAAAGCAUGUGUUCUACGAUGACAAACAGCUCUUUAGGCAGACCUCAACACCCCAAGAAAAUAUUGGACCGAGUUUACAUAAUGACUGUAUUGAGAAAGCCAAAUUGCCUAUCAAAUUGUUUUCUGGCCCCUGGGAAGGAACAUCUCUGUGGGAGAAAAAGAAGAAGAGGGAGAAGAAGAAGAGGGAGGAGAAGAAGAGGAAGAAGAAGAAGAAGAAGACAGGAGGGCUUGUGAGUGCGUCAGAUAUCCUGAGAGAGUUGGCCCAGUUAAAUCUCCCUGACACAGAUGUCAAACGGUCUUGUUUGCAAAGCCUAGUGUUUAAGUGUGGAUCUGCUAGGCUUCUCUUCUCCUAUCUGACUGCUCUGCUCUGCUCUACUGGGCUAGAAUCACUGAUGAAGAAGCCUACUAGAACCCUAUGUUGCCAGAGCCCGACCCAGAGACAAGAGAAGAGGGUUGAGAUGCGUCCUGUUUGUGCUCAGCUCCUCUUCGCUGCCAUCUUGUGGUCAAUGCCUUACACUGGAGCUGCUGCUGUGCGGAGCCUGUCCAAAUCCAACCGGACUAACCAUCUCCACCUAACUAGACCUGGUUUCGAGUCAGACCCUGACUCUGACUGGAGUAAUCUGAAUCUUACCAGCAUCAGCGUGCCUCGUAUCCGAAGGAGGCGAGCCAUCUCCCCCAGAGAAAUUAAUUCCUUGUUGGAUUAUCACAACCUUGUCCGCUCCCAGGUCUUCCCUCAGGCUGCCAAUAUGGAGAUCAUGGUGUGGGAUGAGCAACUGGCUAAAUCAGCAGAUUCCUGGGCUUCCCGCUGCAUAUGGGAUCAUGGACCCUCACAGACCAUGAGAUAUAUGGGCCAAAACCUGUCCAUCAACUCUGGCAGAUACUGGUCAAUCAUCGAGCUGGUGAGGUCCUGGCAAGAUGAGAAAAACUCCUUCUCCUAUCCCAACACAUGCAGUGGACCAGUUUGUUCCCACUAUACACAGAUGGUCUGGGCCAAUACCAAUAAGAUGGGAUGUGCCAUCAACAAAUGCUCAAACAUGAAUGUGUACGGGAGCUCUUGGAGGACAGCAGUGUUCCUGGUUUGCAACUACUCUAUCAAAGGGAACUGGGUUGGAGAGGCUCCCUAUAAGAGUGGCAAACCGUGCUCUGCCUGUCCAUCAAAAUAUGGAGGUUCAUGUAACAGAAAGCAGUGUUCCUUCAGUGGUUCAAAAGCCAAAGCCAAGAAAAGAAAAAGGUAUUAGAAAGACAUCAGUCAUACUUUCCCUGUUAUAAUGGAAGACUUUUUAGAGUUCAUUGUUUCUGGUCAAUUAUUCCGUUCCAUUCAUCUCAGCAACAAACAACUGCAAGAGAGGGUGUGUGAAAGAAAGGUGAAGGAUUUCUAAACAUAAAAAACUAAUCAAAGCACAAGACCUGCUUUUUUCAGCGAUUCAAUUAUAGUACCACUAUUUUUGUGUUUAUCAUAAACUAAUGUUUGAUCCAUCCACUGGAUGUUAGGGAAAGAAUGUUUUUCCCCCUCGGUCAUGAUGUUGUGAACUUAAAUCUAUGUAAACUCUUGGGUUGCAAAGCUCCAUUUUCUCGCCAUGACACAGAAAGAACCCAGCUACCAAAAACCAGACAGUAUUUCUGUUGUAUUCAUUUGAUUAUGGCCUUUUUUGAAAAUGUUAAGAAGAUGAGUGCAAUGUACACUAUAUAUCCAAAAGUAUGUGGACACCCCUUCAAAACAGUGGAUUCUCUAUUUCAGCCACACAUAUUGCUGACAGAUGUAUAAAAUCAAGAACACAGUCAUGCAAUCUCUCAUUGACUUUCAAUGUGGCACCGUCAUAGGAUGCCACCUUUCCAACAAGUCAGGUCUUGAAAUGUAUGCCCUGAUAGAUCUGUCCUGGUCAACUGUAAGUGCUGUUAUUGUGAAGUGAAAACGUCUAGGAGCAUCAACAAUGAAGUUGUAAGCCACACAAGCUCACAGAAUGGGAUCAUCGAGUGCUGAAGUGCGUAUCGAGUUUAAAUCGUAAAAGUUGUCUGUCCUCGGUUGCAACACUCACUACCAAGUUCCAAACUGCCUCUGGAAGCAACGUCAGCACAAGAACGGUUCGUCUGGAGCUUCAUGAAAU